AUGUCGCUCGCCGUCGACCUCCUCAACCCUUCUGCUGAGAAGACUGCCCAGACCCACAAGCUCAAGAGGCUUGUGCAGUCGCCCAACUCGUACUUCAUGGACGUCAAGUGCCCGGGCUGCUUCAACAUCACCACCGUCUUCUCGCACGCCCAGACCGUCGUCCUCUGCGGCUCGUGCAGCACUAUCUUGUGCACCCCGACUGGUGGCAAGGCCCGCCUCACCGAGGGCUGCUCGUUCCGCCGCAAGCAGUAG